AUGGUUUUGGUUCGCAGCCUCAAUGUAUCGCCUUCCAUGGUGAACUGCUCAUGUGCAUGGGCAUCAGACUAUCUACAACUCAACGAGCUGUUCAACUGCCGUUAUACAGGCGCUGUGACCACGAGAACGGCUACUUUGGACGGUUUUGAAGAAGAUGAAACCCAUACCGUAGCGUUCAUGAGGGACUCCCUUUCGUCCCUCAAUUCGUACGGAUAUUCCCCUCACCCAUUACAUGCGUAUCUUGCAUGGAUUCGGGAGUUCUUAGGAGAAGGACCGUCUGUCAAACCAUUCAUAAUCAGCAUCACGGAGUCCAGCGCUGAAAGGCUUUUCGAGAUGUUGGUGAUGAUACAACACUUCCGCGCAUCGAAUCCUACAUGGCGCUCUCGUAUCGCUGUCGAGUUCAACUCCAGCUGCCCAAAUAUCAAGGGUCACCCUCCACCCUCAUACCAUCUUCCUUCUCUCAAGCCAUUUCUUGACGCCUUCGCCAAGGCUUUCCAGGAUGACUCUACGCUAACCAUUGGGCUCAAGCUCCCGCCAUACAUCAUAGCGACCCAGUUUCGCGAUGUCGUCGAAUGCAUUUCGUCUUACACCUGCACCGAUUCCGGGAAACCCACAAACCCAUUCGCCUUCUUCACGUGCACGAACACCCUCGGCAACAGUCUUGUCUUUGCUGAUCAAACCCCCACCCCAGAUGCACACGCGGACAUAUCUGCAUUUGCUGUGCCACCCGGUUUGGGUGGCCUUGCAGGCGAGGCUAUUCAUGCCCUCUCCCUAGGGAACGUGUACACCUUUUCACGGCUUCUUGCGGAGUCAGAUGAUCCAGCGCUGCGGGAAAUUGUCAUUAUCGGUGCUGGAGGCGUGACAUCCCCAGAAGCCGUCCAACGGAUGAAUCGUGCCGGUGCCAAAAUUGUCGGCUGUGCAACAUUGUUGGGCAAAGAGGGCGUCAAAGCCUUUGAGAUCCUAUCUGGAAACUCUUGA